GGGAUUGUAGGUGGGUUGGUUUGGUGGGUCUGAUAUAGCAGUGAUGGUGUACAAAUGCCCACAGGAGUAGUAAUAGAUUUAUGGAGGUUUCUCUUUGGUUCUGUUCUUUGAUUUUACUCAAACUUGCUGUAACAUUCACUUCCCUACACAAUAAUGCCUGCAGGAAUUAGUGCUUUUCUUGCAUCACUCGCUCUUUUUUCUCUUCCUUGCUUACACUGUUGGCUGUAAAGCAAACGUAAAGUUGACGCCUUCCUUUCAUCUAUCAAUUCAAUCACACUCUAAAUCUCAAUACUUGAAUUCAUUCCCAAAGAAAAUCUCUUUACUUUACUCAAUCAUCUAACCCAAUUCUUUCAAGUUUUCUAAAGUCACAUUGCGUUGUGCCUUUCAUUUUAUAGCCCACAAGGCCUUUCGGAGCUGGCAUUUGAUCUUCAAAAUCUCAAAGCUUUGAUUCAUUUUCAUUCUCUCUCACAGACAGACCCUUUUUUUUUACUUGAAACUUGAUCUUCAAGAUUCAAGCUUUCAUUCAUUCAUUCAUUCAAGCCAUGAGAGACAGAGGCAAGGCUGUGGAGUCAGCUCACAACUUUGACAUGGAGUACUAUUGUUCUUCUUCUGAAAUGCCAUGCAAUAAACACCCGAAUUCUUCUUCCAUUGGAAUAUGUGCUUAUUGUUUGAAAGAGCGCCUAGCUCUGCUGGUGUGUUCAGAUUGCGGUGAGCAGCGUCUCUCUUCUUGUUCUUGUUCUGAGAUCUCAUCCUCAUCGAAUCGAAACUCAUGUACUGGGGAGGUAGGUAGUGUUGGGAGAGUCUCAUUUCUGAUUGAGAAUGAGAAGAAUGAGGCUUUACUUUCGAAACAAAAGCCGAAACCCCAAGAGAAAGAGGAGGUUGUGGUGCUCAGGAGGAGCAGCAGCAGCUGUGCUGAGAUCAAGAGAAGUGGGUUUUGGAGAUUUGGGAGGUUGUUUAGGAAGAAGAGGUCAGAGAAGGAUUGUGGGAACAAAAGUGUUGGUGGGUUUGAUGACAAAAGUGAGAUGUGGCUGGUUGAUCAUGUAGGUGUGUCAAGGUCGAGGUCUCUUUGUAGUUUUAGAGGUGGUGGUUUGUUUGAGUCUGAGGAUGGUGGUGAUCACCUAGUGGUUUCUGGGGCUAGGAGUUCAAUUUCAGCUGCAAGAAGUUCUAGUGUCACUGCUGGUAUGGUUUUGGAUUCUGGAAGAAAGAGUGGGUUUAGUGAAGGAAGAAAGAGUGGGUUUAGUGAAGGGAGGAAGAGUGGGUUUAGUGAAGGGAGAAAGAGUGGUUUUAGUGAAGGAAGGAAGAGUGGUUUUGAUGGUGAAAAGAAAGAUGAAGUCUUGGUUUCUGAAUUGGGUGGUAAUGAUCAGUUCAAGGGUGUGAAGAAAAGUGAUUUUAGUGGAGCAACCAAGAGAGUUUUCUCACUCAAGGAGAGUGAUUUUAGUAGAUUGGAUGAGUCAGGGUUUAUUGACUUGAAGCUUGAUUACUCAACAGAAUCCAAGCCAGAUUUGAAGAUGGGAACUUUGACAGGUUCAGAGUCUCUGUUUGGAAGCAUGAGGGGUAGUGACUUUGUGGCACAUGAAUACGGUCCAGGUCAAUUUGGGGAUGGGAUUUUCAGUCAUAGUGGUUCUUGUAGAAUUACAGUCAAUGAGAGAGGGAUAAAGAGGGGAAGGAAAAGCUUGAAGGGUGGUUGGAAAUGGAUUUUCAGGCAUCAUCCAAGCUGGGGAUCCAGUACUAGGAGGAAGAAAGAUGAAGAAGAUAUGAUGUUCAAAACCUGAGAAAAAUGAUGGGCCAAAAUGACAAAAUUUCUCUGUUUUCUUCAGCUUUACAGAAAUCUUCUGUCUGUUAUUUUCUGUCUUAAUUCGCAUUUGUAGUUAGUCACUAGUUACCACAUUCA